AUGGAAUCAAUUCAUGAUAUUGCUGUUCAGUACAAGUGGAACCUAACUUUUAUAACUGCAGUAGCUUUAUCUCAUAUUCCAACUACUGUCCCUUUGUCACUGUUUUUGUCUUGUGUUGUUCCUGGGUCUUCUGCUAAAAUGAAUGUGGAUAGUGAUAAAGAUGUGCUAGAGAUGUUUAAAGUAAAUGUUAGUAAGAGUUUGAUAGACUUGUAUAUUGAUAAGGUUGUGACUGAUGUAAGUCCUGAAUUUGCCUCAAUUGAGACCAUGGAGUUUGAGGAUAGGGAGUUUGAUGAUAGGGCGUUUGAUGACAAUAAUGUCAAUGACAAUGAUGACACUAAUGUCAAUGACAAUGAUGACACUAACGUCAGAGACAAUAAAACCAAUGUAAAUGAGAACAAUGGAGGACAGCCUGAGGAUGAGUAUGAUUUGGAAGAUGAUAAUGAUGUAUUUGGGUUUAGUUCUGAAGAUGAGGAAUGGGAAAAUAGUGGGAAGGGUAAGAAUCCAAUUCACAAUGAUGAUGUGAAUAAGAAUGUGGAGGAAGAAAAGAACCACAGUGAGGAUGGUAUGUCAGACUAUAAAUCAGGAGAUGAACCUGGUACUGAAUCUGACAAUGACAUGUAUGUGGAAGAAGAAGAGUGUGAGAUAAAUGUUGAACAACAGAAAACUGAAACAGCAAGGGGUAGGUGCUAUGCAAUCUGUUUAAAAGGAAUUCCAUUUGAGAGAGGUGUGGAUGGAAAGAUUAAGUUAGAAGAAGGUCAUCUAUUUCUCAAUGUGAACCAUUUUAGGGAUAUUUUGGUUAAUUUUUGUGUCCAAGAGGGAUGUAAUAUAAAAGGAGUUAAAAAUGAGAAGCAAAGAGUCACUGUAAGAUGUGCAGUUGAGGGGUGUCCAUGGAGGGUUCAUGUUUCCCGUUUGAUUGCUAAAAAGCUUGGGCAGAGUAUAAAAGACAAUCCAGGGGUUCCACUUGAUGCAUUGCAUGCAACAGUGAUGAGCCAAUUCAAAGUUGAUGCAAGACCCAUGCAACUAUACAGAGCUAAAAAGAAAGUUAUGGAUGAGUUUGAGGGAAACCAUGGGGAAGCAUACACUUUACUUCCUAAGUAUGCUAAUAAAAUUUUCAAAUCUAAUCCUGGUAGUAUCAUGAAGCUUGAGAGGGAUUUGCCUACUAUGACAUUUAAAAGAAUUUUUAUGUCUUUAGAAGCUAUGCAAUCUGGAUUCAAGAAUGGUUGCUGGGGGUUCAUUGGAUUGGAUGGUUGUCACCUAAAGACCCCUUAUGGUGGUGUGCUCUUGUCUGCUAUAGCCCUUGAUAGGAAAAAUGGCCUUUUUCCACUGGCUAUGGCUAUGGUGGAGAAUAAAGGGAAAGAAAGCUAG